AUGGGUCUAGUAAAGCUUGUGAAGAACAAAUCAUACUUCAAGCGUUAUCAGGUUAAAUUCCGCAGGAGGCGAGAGGGCAAAACCGAUUACUUCGCUCGGAAGCGCCUCAUUUGGCAAGAUAAAAAUAAGUACAACACUCCAAAGUAUCGACUUGUUGUGCGUUUUACAAACAAGGAUAUUAUAUGUCAGAUAAUUUAUGCUCGCAUUAAUGGGGACCGGGUGAUGUGCACAGCGUAUGCUCAUGAGCUGCCGCGGUACGGUGUCAAGGUUGGCUUGACCAACUAUGCUGCUGCCUAUUGUACUGGCCUGUUGGUCGCUAGACGUCUACUGAGGCAGCUAAAGCUGGAUGGAUUGUACGCCGGCACAGAAACUGUUGAUGGUAGUGAGUACCAUGUGGAGUCUAUCGAGGGCGAAAAGGGAGCUUUCCGCUGCUACCUCGAUGUUGGUCUCGCAAGGACCACCUCCGGGGCCAAUAUAUUCGGUGCUUUGAAGGGUGCCGUGGAUGGUGGGUUGUCUAUCCCUCAUGGAACCAAUCGUUUUCCUGGUUACGAUGCGGAAGCCAAAGAAUACAAACCCGAGGGACAUCGGGCGCGUAUCAUGGGUCAACAUGUUGCGGAAUACAUGCGACAUCUGCAGACUGAGGAUGAAGAAGCAUACAAGCGACAAUUCUCUGCUUACAUCAAAGCUGGUGUUACCGCUGAUAACAUUGAGAGCAUGUAUACCAAAGCUCAUGAAGCCAUCCGAGCAGAUCCGUCUCCACAACCGCACAAGGAAAAGGAUGUGAAGCACAAGUCCUUCAAACGUCAGAAAAUGUCUCUAAAGCAACGCAAAGAACGUGUGCGUUCAAAGAAGGCUCACUAUUUGGCUCAAUUGAAGAACGAGCUUACCGCCGCAGAGUGA